UAACAGUUUGACGUAUUCGUUUCAACGAAUGUUAAUAUCCAAAACCAGAACACGGGAAGAAUUGAAAUUUUAGUGUUCAAUUUUGUGUAGGUGUGAAAUGGCGUACGCAGCGAAGAAAGAUCGAAGUUUUAAGCAGCCAGGGGAAGUUAUCUUGCUUCCCCAAAGGUCUGAAGGUCGUUUGAAAACCUACAGUUCGGCAACAGAUGCAAGAUGUUGGACCGACGAGUAUGAAGAUCGCAGACAAUAUAUUUUGGAUAUCAUAAAAACUGGUCAUCAAAAGGGUAUGGGCAGGUACGUGCCAAUAGAUGCAAUAAUAGCAACAUUGUUGGCAAACAAAAAUGCAGAAAUAGAAGAUCUUAAGAAACAAUUGGGUAAAGCGGGAGGUGGUGGUUUAACCGACGAUAAAAAAAGUCAAUUAAAAGAGUUGCCCCAGAGGGGUGGAGAGGUAAGGGAGGCUAGUCCAAGUUCUUACGCAGAAAGUGCAACAAGAGAUGCAACAAGAGGUGCAACAGAAACCGAAAGCAGAGCCACAAGGAGUGAAACAACACCAUCACAGCCAUCCGAAGCAAGGCCACAACUGAAGUUUGAGGAAGGUGCUACUUGUCAGGAGGACGUAGAAAUAUUAGAAAAAGAAAUUGAUGCUAUGAGGGGAAGGUCUCUGACAGCUGACCAAGAAGCAGAAUUGAUGCAGAAGGAGUUGCGAGUUUUGAGAAAAUAUUGCGAGAAGCUAGCAACUAUACAAGAUGAAAACGAACGUCUUAAACAAGGUGCUGAUAGCGAUUUACUGGCGGAAAACAAUGCUCUUAAACAAAGGGUGGAAGAAUUAAAAAACAGGUUGAAAGAGUGUUGUAAUGAAAUAGCCGAAGAGAAGGAGAAAGUGGAGCAACUACAAGGUGAAGUAGAGCAGUAUGAUUGUCAACUUGGUGAGAAUGCUGAAGAGAAGGAUUGGUUAAAAAGUAGGGUGUGUCAGUUGCAAGAGCAGUUGAAGAAAGUCGAAGCCGAAAAUAACACUUUAAAGAAUCAAGGAGGCCAACUAGGUGACAUCAUGGCUCACCACGAAGAAAUUGUUCGCGAAAGACAAUGUCUUAAAGCUAAAGUGUGUCAGUUACAGAAGCAACUGAAAUUCGCCACUGUAGAUAUCAAAAUCGAAGAGAAACUUAGACAUCACGAAGAAAUCGUUCAAGAAAGAAAUUGUCUUAGAGCAAGAAUAUGUCAAUUGGAAACUCAUUUAAUCGCAAGUGGAAAAUUGUCAGACUUCGAAUCAUACUGCGCCCAAUUGAUGGAAAAGGUGCAGCACCACGAGGAGAUCGUACAAGAACGAAACUGUUUACAGGCAAGAGUUUGCCAACUUGAGGAAGAACUUAAGUGCUUCCAGGAUCUUCCCGAAAAGUUGGAGAAAUACAAACAACGAAGCAGCGUACUCGACGAAUACGACAGCGAAAGGCAAGAAGUACAGGGACGUCUGUCUCAAUUUGCAGAACUAGAAAAAGAAGUGUUAGAAUUGAGGAAGUCAUCAGACAAAGCUGAAUGCUUGCAAAAAGCUUUGGAAAAGUGUAGAGAAGAACUUCAAAACGUUAAGUGUUGUUCGCAAAAUAUGGAAAUGGAAUUGGAGCAAACGCAAUGUAUUAUGGAGAGUUUGAAAGCUGAACGAGAUAUGCUGCGAAAUAAGUACGAGUCUGAUGUACCGAUAAUAGACACUGCCGACGUCCGUACAUUAUUCAAAGAAAGGGAUGACCUGCGCAAACGGGUCGACGAAUUAGGUGCGAUAGAGGGCGAAUUUAUGGAACUUUUGGAAACGUCACGAUGCUACGAAACAAUUAAAGCCGAGAGAGAUACUUAUAAAGCUAAAUACGAUGAAAUGGUCGGCAUAGAAUUGGAAACGGAUUAUAUGAAAGAUCAACUUGAGCAAGCGAAGAAAAUAUUUGAAGAGCGGGACGCGCUCGUGGCUCAAAUUCGCGAAUGUGAAUGUGUCAUACAAGAUCAAGAGACAGAAAUUAAAACUCUGGUUACCAAAGUCGAAACUUUAUCGCAGCAGCAGGAAGAAUCUGAAAGAAAGAUCGAGUGUUUAAGAGAACAGCUAAUUGAGAAAAACGAAUUAAUUAAGGCGUCGGAAGAACAACUGAAGAAUCUGCAAGAUCAAUUGAGUGGUACAAUUAAAGAGUUGUGUGGUGAAAAGAGUGCUCUUAAAACCCAUAUUACUGAUCUAGAAGACUGUCAUAGCAAAGCGGAAUGCGAAGUUGAAUGCCUUAGGAGUAAACUCAAAGAGAAGACUUUAAUGGUAGAAUCGUUGCAAAGAAAGGAGGAGUGCUGUAAAGCUGCCUACAGUAAACUUAAGGAAGAUCUCGAACAGUACAUGAGUUCGUGCCAAUGUGCAUAUGAUAAAAUUAAAGAACUUGCAGCCCGAGAAGAAGCGAUGCAAAGUACCAUUGAGCAACUACAAAAUGAACUUCAGGACUGCAAGAAAGCAGCCGAAGAUGCGACCGAUGAAAACAAAUUACUCAUAGCUGAAAAUGCGCAACUGAAAUGUGAUAUGGCUAGAAAGAACGAUGAGCUUAAACAACUCAGAUGCGAUGUUAUUGAUAAAGAAGAAGCUGUUGGGAAGAUAAAAUCAUUCCUUCUACAAAAAGAUGAAUUAUGUCGGUGCAUAUUCGAAAAGCUACGAAAUAAAAUAUGUUUUCUGACUCAAGAGAACGAAAAGUUACGAAAAGUCGCAAAGGAUCUUGCGGACGCUUCAGGUGAUCAACACCUUACGGAUUUAAUGCAAAAAUCGUACGCAACGGCAGAAAAAUUAAACGAAGAACUGUGCAGACAAUUCAACGAGUGGGAUAAAAUGAGAAACGGAGCCGAUAAGCUGGAUCUACUCACAAAGCAAAAUAAAAAGUUGAAAGCUUCACUGAAAGAUACCAAGCUUUGUAUGUUGCGUUACCAGCGUGAGAAUGAGUUUUUGCGUCAAGCUGCUGAAAAAGGAGGACAGGCAGACGAAAUGUACUUGAACCAGCUGAGAGAUUUGAAUGAAAAGAUUCUGAAUCUCGAAAACGAUAACGAAAAUCUUCGUAAAGGCGUUGAAACAGCUUCCCUAGCUAUCGACGACACGUGUCAAUUUUUACAAAGCCAACUGUGCGAUAUGCAACAGGGCGGAAUAUGUAAAUCUUCAGCUGAAGUUUGCAGUAAACUGAAGGAUCAACUCGAAAAAGUUCAAAAGGACAAGAACGUUGUUGAACAACUGAUCACUAAAAGCUGCAUGAACAACGAAGAGGACUUGGGGAGCAUUUGCGACUGUACGGCCUUGCGGAAAAAGCUCGAGUGUGUUAAACAAGAAAAUCGUUUGUUAAAAAAUCAAAUCAAAGACUUAGCAAGACAGCUGGGUAAUGUUGGAAACGAGUGUGAAUGCCAAAAACUGAAAGAACUAUUGGAAGGACGCACCGGCGUUGCCACUGAAAUCACCGAUGUCCCUGGUACCACCGAAGUCUCUGGUGUCGCCGAUGUCUCUGGUGUUGCCGAUGCCUCCAGAAUCGACGAUAAACCAGCUGUCAUAGAUAGUGGCGAUCCUUGUGCCCAAUUAAGAAAACAAAUACAAGAUCUCCAGAAACAAAAUCAGGAGUUACAAAGUGCAAUUGGUGGCGCAAGGCCUGGCGUGGACGAUGCACUAAAUGCAGAGCUUGAACGACUGAAAGCGUUACUAAACGAAAAAAAUAAAUCACAAGACAAUUUGCAAGCGGAACUCGAUCGUCUAAAGGCAUUGUUACGUGAUAAAGAAUCGUCAGGUGACGAUUUAAGAGCAGAGCUGGACAGGCUCAGAGCGCAAUUGCAAGAAAAAGGUUCAGCAGAAAGCGGUCUGAAGUCUGACAUAGACAAUCUAAAGGCAGAACUUGAACGAUUAAGGGCACAAUUGAAACAAAAAGAGGACGAAUUAUCCUCAGCAAAGGGCGAUCUAUCAAAAUGCGACGAUUUGCGAAAAGAGCUGGAAGACCUUAAAGCGCGAUUAGCUCAGGCUCAGAAAGAGAGAGACGAAGCAGCCCGUAAAUUAGCCGAUUUACAAUCGGAAAAUGAUAAACUGAAAAACGAAUUGCAGCAAAAACUAGCCGAAUUACAGAAACUUCAAGGUGAAAAUUCUCAACUAAAAGCGGACUUACAAAAGGCAAAAGACGAUGCUGCGCGUGCUCAACAAGAACUGAGCAAGUUACAGGCAGAAAACAGUCAGCUUAAAAGCGAUUUGCAACGAGCCAAAGACGAGGCGGCAGCAAAACUAGCCGAAUUACAGCAACAACUGAGCAAGCUGCAGUCGGAAAACGAUAAACUUAAGACCGACUUACAAAGGGCUCAAGACGAUGCCGCGAAAAAACUCGCCGACCUACAAAAGGAACUAGAACGAUUGAAUUCAGAAAACGCAAAUCUUAAAAAGGCACAAGAUGAAGCAGCACGAAAACUUGCCGAUCUGGAAAGUGCUUUAAAUAACAUGAAAGCUGAAAAUGAGAAGUUGAAAGGCGAGAUAAAGCGUGUACAAGACGAAGCUGCCCAAAAAAUCGCCGGCUUACAGGCUGAAUUGGGCAAAUUGCAAUCUGAAAACAGCCAACUCAAGACAGAUUUAAAACGCGCGCAGGACGAUGCUGCUUCAAAACUUGCAGAUUUACAAAACCAACUUAGCAAGCUCCAGCAGGAAAACGGCCAACUCAAGAAAGAUUUGCAGACAGCAAAAGAUGACGCUGCAGCGAAACUUGCGGAGAUGAAGAAUCAACUUGACAAGCUGCAAGCAGAGAACAGUAAACUUAAAGAUGAAGUUCAGCGAGUACAAGACGAAGCAGCCCGCAAAAUUGCUAAUUUAGAAAAAGAACUAGCUGUACUGGGUGAUCAAAACAAGCAACUAAUGAAAGAGAAAGCAGACUUGGAAAGUGAAAAGAACAACUUAAAGAAAAUGGCGGACGACUUGAGGGGCCAAGCUGCCAACCAACAAGAACUGAACUUAAUGAAGAAGGAACGUGAUGAUUUGUUGGCACAGUUGGAAGCUCUAAAGAAAGAGUUAGCCAACUGUGUUGAUAAUAUGAAGAAAGCGCAAGAAGCAUGUCAAGCUGAGUUGGAUAAAGCAAGGAAAGAGAAGGAUGCGCUUCAGGGAAUGUUUGAUCAAAUGCAGUCUAAGUUGGCCGAUGCAGGCCAAAAGCCUGUGGGAAGAAGCACAAGUGAAUUGGAAAGGCUUCUCGCAGAAGAGCGGAAAAAAAAUGCAGCCUGUGAAAAAGCACUAGCAGACGUACAAGGACGAGCAGGAGCAGGACCAGCGGCAGGAGCAGGAGGAGGAGGAGGUGCAGAUUUAGAUGCGUUAUUGGACAAGGAGGCAAAACAAGCCGCUGAAGCCAUGAAACAGCUUGCUGACGCGAAACAAAGACUUGCUGAUCUUGAUGCAGAAAACAAAAGGUUGCUGGAGGAACUAGAAAAGUGCAGGAAAGCCAACAAAGAUAUGGAAGAUGAAUUUAAUCGCGAAAAGAAUCGAUUAAAUCAAUUGUACGAAAAUGCACUUAAGGGACAAAUUUCUGAAGAUGAAGAUGCUCUGAGAAAGGAACUUGAAAGACUUAAGGGCGAAUUGGCAAGUUGCAAGAAAAAAUACGAAGAAAAUCUUUCGUUGUUAAAGGCUCAGCAUGGGUCUCAGAUAAAAGAGAUGGAUCGAAAAUUCAGCGAUGGAGUGGCAAAAAUACAGGGAUCCCACGAAGAAGUUGUUAAGGAUAUGAGUAAGGACCACGAGAAUGAAUUAGAGAGUUUACGUAAAGAAUUGAAGAAAUGCCAUGACCUCGUUUGCUGUCUACGUAAAAAAAUAAAAAGCCUUGAGGAGAAGUUGAAAAUGGCAGAAGAAAAAGAAGUAACUUCGAAAGGAACAGAUCCAAAGGAAAAAUGCCUGUGCCAGAAUACAGUAGAUAACGUAAACAUAACAGCGAUGUUCCCUUGUACGAAUAAGGGUGUGGGAGCAGAUUUAAAAUCAGCCACCCUUGAUGCUUCAUGUUCUUGUGGACAACCAUUGCAAAAGAACGUCGGUUGUACGUGUAAGCCCAAGAAGCAGGACGUGGCAUGUAUUUGCUUUACUGAGGAAUUGGCUGCCGAAACAACGGACAGAGGUACUUCUAAAGAUACUGACGGCGAGGGUGCAGCGAAUAUUCAUAAAUGCCUGUGCGGAAAACCUUUUGAAACUAUACUUUUUAAAAUAAUCACAAAAGGAAUUGAGAUUAUUACUCUAAAAGAGUUACAAUUGGUUAACACAGAAAUUACCUGUGCAAUUUCGAAAAAAUCGGGUCAAGAAAAGGGGGUUGAAGCGAAACUUGUGUGUAAAGCUGAUCUUCCUAAAGACUCUAUCCAAUCACAAACGUCACUCACUGCAAAACCGAAAACUUACGCGGAAAGAAUAAAAGAACUUGAGGACGAUCUACAGAAGAAACAAAAAUGUGCAAAACAAAAAGCCGUUGCGUUAUCAAUGGCGGUAAAGAUAGAAAAGCAACAUCUAGACGAGUUAAAGAAAGCGCUCGAUAUUGAAAAGCAGAGGAAUAAAGAAUUAAUGGAAAGGAUUGGAAUACAAACGAAAACCGUUACUAAUCUCCAAGUUGAGAGCGAUAUAAUUAAAAAACAGAACUACUUCUCCCAAGAAAAGAUUAACGACUUAAGAAGUGCCAUCGAAGAAGAGAGAGCCCAGUGUAGGAGUUUAAAAGCAGAAUUGGAAAAAGAAAGAAACUGUAGUAGAUAUUUGAAAACUAUGCUGCAAUCGGGACAAGGAAAGUCUUGUUCAUGUCAACCAAAAGAUCAGGACGAUUGCCAGGGUAAACAAAGUGGGAAAGGUGAAGGUCAGUCUAGGAAGGUAACAUGUAUCUGUCGCAGUGGAGAUGAUAAGAGAGGACAAUCUCGUGGAAAGGAUCCGGAUAGGAGUCGUAGCCAAACUCCCAAAGACAGGAGAUGAUGACUGUCUAAAUAUGAAAAUAAUGUACCUGAAUAUUUUUUGGCGUGUAAAUUGUAUAAGUCAUUGUAUGUACCAUUUGUUUAUGUUUUUCUCAUGUAGACAUGUAGAGUAACUGAAUAAAUUUAUA